AGUGUAGCCCCACCAGUGCCACCAGUCAGUGUCCAUCAAUGCUACCUGCCAGUGCCCAUCAGUGCCACCUAUCAAUGCCAGUCAGUGUCGCCUAUCAGUGCCAGUCAGUGCCGCCUAUCAGUGCCCAUCAGUGCUGCCUAACAGUUCCAGUCAGUGCCACCUAUCAGUGCCUAUCAGUGCUGCCUACCAGUGCUAUCUUUCAGUGCCAUAUACUGUAUGAGUGCUGCCUUUCAGUGCCCAUCAGUGAUGCCUGUCAAUGCCCAUCAGUG